AAAUAUCACGACAAAUACCGAUCACAACUUACCCAAACAGUCAUAUUACAAACAAUCAGAAAAUGACGAAAUUUAAAAGCAUGUUUGUGUCUGGGAUUCUCGCCAGUUUAAACAAACACAAUAAAUAAGAACCGGCCAAACGAACAGGAAGCGAGGAGAUUCUCAUGGCGCCCGACGAGAAAGAAGCUACAAAUAUCUCCGACCAAUGCCAGCUGUAUUUAGCAUCUCGACGCUAACGCAUACGCUUCUACUAGGAAAUACAAGCCAGUCAUGGAUUCAGAGGAGAAUGAGGUGGAAAGUAGCAGUGAUGCAGGCACCUCAGGGAUGGAGGAACCAUCCGAAAGUGGCAUGGGCAUGGAAUCAUCAGAGGUCAUGUCUGCAGACAGCAGUGAUGCUGCCUCUACUCAUGCACAAGCACCAGAGUCAGACUGCCACGUGGGACAGAGCUCAGAGGGACUUGUGGUCUUCAUCCCAGAGACCAGCUCUAGUACAGAUGUCAGAGUGUCAUCAGUUCACCUCCCAGACUCGUCAUCAGUGGCCCAGUCCACCAGUGUGUCCAGCGUGUCCACAGUGACUCAGUCCGUGCUGGUGUCGGAGUCAGCCCAAGUGGUUGUCCACUCCAGUGCUGUGUCGGAUGGAGCUAUGAUGGUUUCUGACUCAACUGCCUCUACCUCAUCAGACCUGGGCUCUGCCAUAGACAAGAUAAUUGAGUCCACCAUAGGGCCUGACAUUAUGAAUGGUUGCAUUGCAGUGACUAGUGCAGAUGAUAGGGAUGCAGAACCGACCCAGUAUUUCAUACUACAAGGACCAGAUGAUGGUGCUCCUGUGGUAGCCCAUAUGUCAUCCUCAGCCUUGUCUGAUCGCAUAGCCAUAGAAGCACUUUCUGAGGGUCCCACAUCCACCUGUCUUGACCAGGGACACCUGCAGAGUAACCUGGAGCCAGACCAACCAGAUGAUCAGCCUGGACAUUCUGGUUACCCAGAAGACAGCAGCAAUCAGCCUGAUCAGCCCCAACACUCUCACCCCUCCCAGUAUAUGGACUGUAGUGCAGAUGGCCCAGACCAAACAGGGGAGUCAACAUCAUCCUACGUGGAGUGUUCAAGCGAAGAACCUGACCAAACACGUUCCCAGUCAGGCUUCCCAGACUACAGUGGAGAGAACAGUGACCAUGACCUGCCUGGAUAUGUGGAAUGUAGCAGAGCUGAUUCAAACCCCACCAGCCGGGGGCACUAUGUUGUGGAGUGCAGUGAUGAGUAUCUGUGUGCUGUGGAUGAUGGAGAGCAGCUGCAUCAUACACGUGCCUACAUCGACAGCAGUGCAGAUCACAGGACUCAGACAAGCCGGCAGUAUGCUAUUGAAUAUGGCGGUGAGUGUGUUGCAGCUGCAGACUCUGAGCAACCCGGGUGUUCUCAGUAUCAAGCAAGGAAUGGUGAUGACGAUGAUGAUGAAGAUGAGCAUAACCAGGAUCCAGAUCAGCCACAGCACUCCGAACAGCAGCCCCAGCAUUCCUGUUACAUGGAGAAUAGCAAUGGCCCCGAUGCAUCUCUUUAUACUGAUGACAGCUCCUCAUCAGACCACCAUGUAGUCGACACAGCAGAUUCAGGGGGGGUCCCCGAGGCACUGAAUUGCAGCGAGAGCCAACCAGGGCCAUACAUCAGCAGUAGUGGCACCUACAUCUCCAACCCAGAACCUGAGGUGGCCCCACAUUGCUCAGCCAGCCAACAUGAGCCUCAGGGCUCCCAGCAGCCUCAGAAGGAAGCUACAGUGGGCAAGGAAAUGGAUGCAUCAGCAGUGGCAGGAGGCUCUGCAGACCGGCCACCCAACAUGGCCGAGUUGGAGGAGAUGAUGGAAGUUGUGAUUGUGCAGCAGUACAAGUGCAGGAUGUGUCCAUAUAAGAGUGCCUCUAAAGACACACUCAUUAACCACAUGAGGGACAAACACUUUAAACCUACAAGGCAAACAAAGCGCAAACGUGGACGACCUCCCAAAAGUGCUGCACUGGCCCAUCGCCAGGCAGAGCAGGAGGACGCUGGGGAGAGGAAGGCCAUACAGGCAAAGGCAUCCAUGUCCAAGUCUGUUCAGCCAGAGGAAGAGGAAGAUGAUGUUCCUGAUGCCGGUGCUCUUGAUAAUUCUGAAGGGGAUAGUGACUACAACCCAGGUGAAGAGGACUGUGAAGGAAGGUUCUCAUCCAGUAUUAAAAAAACAACCCCUCCUAUUUCCUCCUCCUCUCAAGCUCGUCCUCGACGUAAAAUUGGCCGCCCGAGGAAAUUCAGCCUUCUGGAAGAAGGCUACAACAGCAAAGAGGCGGAGAGUUUAGCAAAGAAGCCAAGAAUGAAUGCAGAUCCAAGUGCUGCGGAUGAGGCAAGCUCAUCUGGCUUAGACAAUGAUGGCCCUGCUCUGGUGACUGAUGGGGACACAGCGGAGGCAGCAGUAAGCCAAUCCGACUCAGAGAACAAAGACCCAUCCUCCAACUCGCAGCCAGAAGAGUUAUUUGAGAGAAAAAGAGGUCGCCCCUCCAAGUGCUUUCUUCGCAAGAAGUACAAGAAGCAUUUCAGUCGAAAUCAGUAUUACAAAUCCCUGAAACCGCUUUUGAGACCUCAUAGUUGCUGUAUUUGCGGCUCUCGCUUCCUCACUCAAGACGAUCUGCGCUUCCAUGUGGAGUCCCAUGAGGGCAACGACCCAGAACUUUUCAAAUGCCUCCAGUGCAACUACCGUUGCAAACGCUGGUCCUCUCUCAAGGAGCACAUGUUCAAUCAUGAAGGUACGAAGCCUUUCAAGUGUGAGAAGUGCGAUUACUCAAGUGUCUACAGAAAAGAUGUUGUUCGUCACUCAGCAGUUCACAGCAAAGACAAGAAAAAAAAGAAAGUAAUGGUGAUGGCCCUGUCCGAGUUCCCGUGUCCUGUAUGUCGCAAGGUUUACCCCAUGCAGAAGAGGCUCACACAGCACUUGAAGACCCAUAGUGCCGAGAAACCACACAUGUGUGAUAAGUGUGGCAAAUCCUUCAAGAAGCGGUACACAUUCAAAAUGCACCUCCUUACCCACAUUCAGACUGUGGGAGACAGCAAGUUCAAGUGUGAGUUUUGUGAUUACACCUGUGACAAUAAGAAGCUGCUGCUGAACCAUCAGCUGUCUCACACCAUCGACCGACCCUUCAAAUGCGACUACUGUAAAUACUCCACUUCCAAAGAAGAGUUCUUAGUGUCCCAUCUGGCCAUUAAACACACAGGAGAGAAACCGUUCUCCUGCAAUAUGUGUCACUUCGUCACAAAGCACAGAAAGAAUCUGCGAUUGCACGUACAGUGUCGCCAUCCGGAAGCUUAUGAAGAGUGGUCCAUCUCUCACCCCACGGAGCCCACCAAGAGACGACGCAAGCCUUUUUUCACCCUGCAGCAAAUGGAGGAGCUUAAACAGCAACAUGAGGAAGGAACACAAGUCUUGCCAAGCACCAUUGUUUCAGUGGAUCCUGUAGCUCUUCAAGCCAUUCAGGGAAUGGGAAAUGCCUCAGUGUCGCAGGAUGCUCUCGGAAACACCACCAUUAUUUAUGAACAAGGUGAAUCCGGUGAUCUCUCCUCUCAAAAUGCCCUGAGCCUGCUGCUCAAUAUGAGCAAUGCUCGGGAAUUGGUUGGAAACUCUUUACAAGUGGCAGUGCUGAAGUCAGACGGCAGUGCAGAGGUCAAAGCUUUGGAGAAGGGAGAGUGGAAUGCAGUGUCCACAGCCCCGGGUCUAACCCAGAAGGUUGUAACCGUCCACGUGUCCGAGAAUGGCGAGACCGUUCUGCAAGAGGCCUAUGAGCCAACCACAACCGGGACAGGAGAGCUGGCUCAGAUUGCUAUAAAAACCUGUGAGAACGAAAGGGAGUUCAAUAUGGUGGAGCAGGUGACAGAAGUAGUCCAAAGCUCUGACUGCAGCAAAGAGAAGAACGAGCCCUCUCAGGCUGCAGAGGAGUCAGAAACACAGGACCUGAAAAAUGAAAAGUUCUACCUUGCUCCUGGACUGCCUGAUGGAGUUCUGCAACAGGUGGAGCUGAGCAGUGAAGCUCCCACCUCUCCCCCUGCUAUGAGCUCACUUGGUGUCUUCACCAAGCGGUUCUGCUGUCGCAUAUGCAUGGAGUCUUUCCACGGCCGUUCUGACAUGGAGAACCACAAGAGGGCGCACUUGGAUCCUAACACUUUCAAAUGCCCUGACUGUGACUUCACCUCAAACUCGUGGCCUGAGGUCAAGGAUCACAUGGAGCUGCAUUCCUACUUACGACCUCACAAGUGUUCCAACUGCAGCUUUGCCUCCAAGAACAAGAAAGACCUGCGCAGACACUUGCUGACCCACACCAAUGAAAAGCCAUUUUCUUGCAAGCUUUGUGGCCAAAGCUUCAAUCGCAAUGGCCACCUGAAGUUCCACAUGGAGCGUCUCCACAACCAGGAGCACCCCACUCGUAAGAGCCACACCCUCACGUCCCAGCAGACCGUCAUAGUCAACAGUGAUGACGAGGCUCUGACUACAUUACAGUCCCUGCAGGCCCAUCAGACAGUCAUCAGUCCAGAUCAUCUACAGGCUCUCGGUCAAGAGCACAUUAUUGUAGCCCAAGAUCAGUCUCUAUCAAACCAGCAGGAGGAGGGCACAUACAUCCAGCAGAUAACCACCAUAGAUGGACAUACGGUCCAGCACCUUGUGACAGGAGACAACCAGGUCACAGAGGUCCAGUAUAUCAUCUCACAGGAUGGAGUGCCGCACUUAAUCCCGCAGGAGUAUGUUGUAGUAGCAGAUGGCAGUCACAUACAGAUGCCAGAUGGGCAGAUCAUUCAGUAUGAGCAUGAAGGAGUCUUUCUGCAGGAGCAACACAUCGCAGUAAGCCAUGACAGUCAGAUCCAGUACCUGCCUGCUAGUUCGGAGGAGCAAGAUAUGGAGGUUGCGGCUCACUCUGCCGUCACAGCAGUAGCAGAUGCAGCGAUGGCAGAGGUUCCAGCCAUCUACACGAAAGCAACACCUGAGGAGCUGGAGCAGCUGCAGAAGCUGCGGCAGCAGGGCAUCCACUACGACAUCAUUACCUUCACUGACGAGUAGAAGGCGGCCCACAGUGAAACUCUACAAAAUAAUACAAACCACUACGAAAAGAAGCAUGACCUCAAUUUGAGUUAUGCAUUAACUGUCUGUGUACUGCAACUCUCGUUUGGUCAUUUUUUUGCACUCGUCGCUUCUUUUCUUCAUCCUGCAGUUCAUGGAAGUGCAGUUUGAGCCAGCCUCAUCUCUGUAAUCGGCUUUACGUGCCUCAGCUGUUUUGAUUUGCAGGACAAUGCUGUCCGGGGAAAAUUAAUUUAUCAUAUUGAAUUUGGAAUUAUACAGAGCGUUUAUGAAUGUUUUAAUUUUGUGAGGAUAGCGAGAUGAUGUUUAUUGAAAAUGAAUAUGUACAUAACUUUUCGCAUUUGUCUUCUGGUGAAACUGAAGUGUUUAAUAAGCUAAUAGCUAACACCAAAUAAAACACUUUCUUCAGUCUUUGUGUGUUUGUCAUUGUAUAAGUUUGACAUUCAAUUUAUGAUAUAUGAUUUUAUAUGAUAUAAUGUGGUGGUGUAAUGGUACAUGGUAGUGUUGCUUUCCGUGCAGACAGUGAGGUUUCGAUUCCUAGCCAGGGUAAUAGAGAUGUUUGGUGCCAGUCCCAAGCCCAAAUAAAUGUAAGGGUUAUAUCUGGUGUAAAAACUAAACCAAAUCAAACACUAAACUCAAAUCGCUGUGGUGUAUACAUACUCAGCACUAAAGAAUGAUAAUGAAAGAUGAUCAAUAGAACAGAUGGAAUCAGAGUCACGUUAUAGCAGGGGUGGGCAAACUUUUUGACUCGCGGGCCGCAUUGAGUUAACAAAAUUGGCCGGGGGUCCAGACUAUAUUUUUGAUACAUGCACUCUAUUUUACACUGAGAAUUGUAACAGUCCACCUGGAAUUACAGUGUCAUGCAAUCUGCUAUAUGAAUGUGCUUGUGUCCCUUUCUUCAGCAGCACUUUAAAUAUCAGACCAUAUGAAAUAACAAAAUUGAAUUUUACAGUUUUUGUGACUGAAUAAGACACCCGGAAUGUACACGAAUAAAGGAUGUGAUAUACAAUAUGAACUAUGAACACUAAAACAUUGACUAUGAAAGAGUAUGUGAAU